AUGAACACACACUACCUGACCACCUCGCGAACCAAUCCGCAGUUCUACAUAUUCAGUCAGCUCUUUUGUAACGAUCUGGACUGGGACCAUUGCGAUUGGGAGGGCAUUCAAAACGUUGCCUGGGAAGAAUUCUGGCACCGUGAGGGCCAUGAGAUACUAGAGCAAAAGUGGCACAAGCGGUUUCCCGAAUACAGAGAUCUUAUCGAUGUUGUCUCGUCAGAGGAGCAAGGGCUCUGGCAGGAACUGUGGGAGAAGCACGCCAGUGAUUCCAGUGCCAAGUUCUGGUAUAUAUUUAUCUGUGCCUUUGAGAACUACCAACACGAUUUGGCUAAAUCAUUUGGCCUUCACGAAGAUAAAAAUCCAGAAGAUGUUGAGGAGGACUUACAGAACUUAAGCCUUCAAAAAAAUCCAACGAUAUCGAAACAGCAAAGGACCUCCAAAAAAGAAGACGAAUUAUACUUGACUGCCAACGACAAUCCCGGAGAUUGUGACGAAGAACAACAGUUGCGCCUUUUUGGAUUGCCAACAGCAUUUGCGUCGAAGGCAAAUACAAUUACCCGAAAGGAAAGAAAGACACAGUACGAACCCUCUAGCAGCGAUAGCGAGGACAGUGAGGAGCUGUUAAUCAUGGAAAACGGCGAAAACGAGGCUCGGCAUGGCGUUCAGAGCGGUUUUAUCAAAAAGAGCAAUCGACGGCAAAGGCAAAUUAAAAAAUUUAAGGCUAGAAUGCCUGAGUUUAUGCAAGAGGAUAACAACAAAAUGGUCAAGUACUGGAUCAAGCGUUUCUCCCUGUUCUCCCGUUUCGAUCAGGGCAUUCGGCUGGACCGCGAGAGCUGGUUCUCGGUGACUCCCGAGAAGAUUGCUAAACAAACGGCCCGUCGACUGGCCUGCGACGUAAUCAUAGAUGCAUUUUGUGGGUGCGGCGGCAAUGCCAUUCAGUUCGCAAACACCUGUGGACGUGUAAUUGCUGUGGACAUCGAUGCUGAGAAGCUGGCCAUGGCCAAGCAUAAUGCCGGCAUUUACGGUGUGGCCCACAAGAUCGAGUUUAUCAACGCCGAUUUUCUGCAGUUUGCUGCUACUACAAAGCUUCGCCCAAAUGUUGUUUUCCUGAGCCCUCCCUGGGGUGGUCCCGACUACCAGAAGCAGGCCACCUUCGAUAUUGAGACAAGUCUGUUGCCCGUGGGCGCCAGCAAUCUGAUGCUGCUCUCUCGCCGCCUGGCGUCUGACGUGGCCUUCUUUCUGCCACGCAACGCCAAAAUGAAGCAGGUGGUCGCCUUGAGUGGAGCUGGGCAGCAGUGCGAGGUAGAGCACAACUAUCUGGACACCCGAAUGGUUGCUCUCACUGCUUAUUACGGCAAGGGAAUAAUAAAGACCUCAUUGGGCGAAGAUGAGUAGCUUUCGUAUUGUUAAUUAAAAGUAGUUUACCCUCGUAUGAUUAAGGCAGUUUUAAUAUAAAUAAAAAUAUUCCUUACAAAAUCCUUUAGUUUAAGGGCAUUUUUGGCUUGUUAUUAGAUAUGCAAGAAGAUAAAUGCAUGAAAAGCAUUUUGCCUAAUACAUAUGUAAUACAAUUUAUGUUUUAGGUAUAUUUAAUUAAACCCUAAGGAUAUAAGCGCACAGAACGCACAAAUUCCUGUAAUUAUGGAUCAAAGGAAAAUGUUGUCGAUGGUCGAAAACUUUUUUGUUCGUUGUUUAUCGCCUUAAGUUUUUCCCUCUUUUUGGCACAGAGAUAGGAGAAAAGAUGACUAAUGAAUAAAGCCGCCUCACAUGUAA